AUGUCGGCCCACGUCGCUCCAUCGAUUCCUCCCCGGCCAGCUCGAGUCCAGCAGGCUGCUGCUUCCCAAGGCGUGGGCAAGCUCCCCGACAUCCCUCCGCGUCCCAUGAACAAGCGUCUUGAUCGCUCCGUCUCCCCCAGCAAUUUCCCACGUUCACCCCUCAAUGAGCCAUGGUCAGCCAAUCUCACCCGUCAGAAAACCAAUGAGAGAGCCACCGACGCACUGCCACGCCGGCCCAGCGUGCAAAAUCUCCCUUCGAUCGGCCAGGAGGGAAUGGAAUAUGCGGAUAUCGCGGACCUGCAAACAGAUCAGCAGCCACCCGUUUCUUCUCUGGCUGUUGAUGCCGCGGCCCAGACCAGGAAUAUCGCCCAGGACCUGCACCUACAUGCUCCCAAGCCGUCUCUCCCGAAGUCCAGUGCUACUGCACAGGUUCAGGCGGUCACGAGGACAGACUCGGGCCACGCAGCUGUUCAUGGUCUAGGCAAGCCGUCAAGUCCUUCGCCGGAGGAGGGCGAGGGUCUGCGCCAGGUGCGGACGAGAAGCAGUUUCUCUCGUCCCACCUCCGCAGCCGCUGGCGAGCGCCGCUCCUCGGUCUAUGGAGACGAAGAGACAGGACCUGCUGAGCUUGGCCUGCGUGUGCCUAUCAACCCUUUGUUAGGAGACGUGCAGGCGCCCUCCCCUGCACCAGGUCUGAGCCCGUCUCACACAGGCACCAACGGAGACAGGAAGCGGCCUGGUCACUCCCGAGCAAGGACCAGUAGAGAAAUCUUCACUCCUCCUGGCAGCUAUGGCCUUCACGGUCACGGUGUUGCUCCCCAGGACAGAUUCGAAAAAGAUUGGUACUCUAAACACCCCGACGCUGCUCAACUCGAGGAGACACACGGUCAUGGAGUAUAUGAAAGCAUUGGAAGCGGCCGCGGCGCUUUCGCGUUGAGCAGUGACGAUCUGAAUAAGAUUGUGCGUGCAACUGCCAGCCGUGGAUCAGGAUUUGGUACAUCAGGCGUUGCACAGUCGUAUCCCGACGAGCAGACCGGAUAUCUUGCGUCGGAUAUGUACAUUGCAAGAUCACAACAGAGUACUCCGAACAGCCUCGCAAAGACCGUGACCAACACCUCCCAGCCCGCGCACGAAUCUCCUUUGAGGAAAGCCAGCUUCCCUGCCGAUGACAGCAUUCCAGCUGAGGUUCGCCGUAGUCGAUUAUCAAUCUCGGGCAAGCCCGACGAUUUGGACGCUGUCGACAGCGAGCAAGAAGGAGACACGCACAUACCACCCGGUCGCCGCUACAACAAAAUCAUGGGAGGUGAAGAAAGCUUGAACGAGUCAGUCGAAGCUCGCCCUUUUGUUUCUCACCCAACGCAAGAAGGAGAUCAUAUCAAUGAACAUGGUUACACUGUGCCGAUUCUAGCAGCAGACGAAGUCGCGAAAGGUGUGGGCUUGGAAGAUCUCCGACCAGCAGUCUCCCCCAGGCAAGAACGACGUGGGAGUAUGGAACCUGAAAGCGGCGCCGUCACACCAGGCUCUCGACCGUCGAGCAGACCGACGAGUAUGUACAACCUCCAUAGCGCCUCACAUUCUCUGUCUCGCUUCCUAUCACACCAUGAAGAGCAAGAAAGGAUGCACACCCCGCUCGAAGACGUGCACGAGUAUGAGCCUCUUUUCCCCGAGGACGAUGACAAGAAGCCUAUCAAUCACGCGGAACGUUUCAAGCCGAGACCGGAUGCUCUCAGACAGCGUUUCCCCAGCCAGGACAUUUGGGAAGACACCCCCAGCAGCCUCUACUACUCGGCCACCGUGUCGACCCCCGAUCUUCCUGCACGAUCCGAGGCAGCUCCUCCUCCGUCUAAGACAUUCGAGCGUCCGGAAGCGGAGUCAGCGCGCAAGGAAGAGGUGUCGGAGAAGGAGAAGGCUAAAUUGAUACCCAAGGAGGAGAGACUUGCCACGUCACGUUUCGCGCCGCAUCUUCGGGGCGAUAUGCCCACGAGACCAGGCAUGGUACCUAGGUUUCCCAGCCAAGAUAUUUGGGAAGAUAGCCCGGAAAGUCACCAUCUUGUUACCGUAAUCACUCCCCGACCGACAGAGCCAGAAGAAGAAGAGACCUCGCCAGUGGACACAGCGAAGCCGACCGUUCCUCCACGACCAGCGAAGAGCCGAUUAGGAGAAGGCGCAUCGUCUGCACAGAUUGCACCGAGCAUACCGCCGCGACCAUCCAAGGAUACACGUGCUAUGCCUGCGCUAGCGGCAACGUCGCCGGACACCAGCAAACCGAAAGAUACUUCCCCCACCCUUAAGAAAGUCCCCAGCAUUCCUGACCGCCCGAAGCCUCAAAUACCUUCUCGGCCGGCAAAGAAACCUUCCUCGGAUUCGCUUACGAAAACAGUUUCCGGAGAAUCUGCAGGACCCAUGGAGCAAGAGAAGAUCUCGCCCCCUGUCGCGAAAGUCAAGCCUCAAGUUCCGGCCCGGCCGGGUGCAAGCAGUAAAAUCGCGAGCCUGAGGGGCAACUUCAUGAAUGAUCUCAACCAGAAAUUGGGCCUGGGACCGCCUAAGGAGAAAGAGAAGGAACCCGAACCGGUCGCGGAAGAAGCGAAGCCUCUCGAUGACGCCCGCAAGGGAAGAGCCCGAGGUCCGCAACGAAGAGCCCCGGCUAAAUCGCCGGCCGCUCCGGUCAAGUUGAUGGGGUUUGCGAUAUUUGCACCACGACCUCUGUGGACCAUUGAAGAGGGAGAAUUGAAUGUGCCUUCAACCGACAGUGCCCCCGGCACGGAUAUGGAGGCCACUUCUGAGAAGGUCUUCUCUGAAAAGAAAGCAGAACAGGCUGAAAACUCGACAGCUGCUGAUGCCCCACUGCCGCCCACUAUUGAAACCACGGAUCACGCCGAGUCGCAGGGCUCAAAGAUGGAAGCCGAGCAAUUGCCAAUUUCUGCAGGGGACCUGGCAGAUCCUGAACCGACGCUCGGGACUCCGACGCAGGAGAAAUCCAAUCCGCUGAGCAUUGCACCAAGUCGAAAUGAGUCAGGUGCACCAAGUAGAAACGAGUCGGGCGAGAAGAAGGCGAUGGACGCUGCUGAUGCUGACGCUGACGGCGGUGAAGGUGUUGAUCUGUCUCAACGCACGACUGAAAGCAGUGGGCAGGCUUCCGGGCCGGAAUUGGAGAGGGAAGAACCGGAUCCCACGACUGACGCGAUCCCCAUUAGCAGGCAGACCACCGCCAGCUCCAAGGGUGAUACUAUUCCUUUGGAGAAAUCCGCGUCACGAGAAGAGACCAGGGUCUUGAGGAACAUGUUACCCGAGGGAGAGCCAGGGAGGGAGAGCAUGGAGCAGGUGUAG